AUGUUGCUCAAAUACUUUACACCCGAACCGAGAUUUCUAGAGCCAAAGAAGCUUGCUCCUUCAAAUGGGCAUCCCGAAGAACCUUCUCCGGUCCCCUCUUCAAAUGACGUACAACUAGAACCUCAUUCUUCAUAUAAGGUGUUUAAAAAAGGUGCUUAUUUGGAGACGGAUCCUGGAAAAAGAAGUCAAAUUCUUGAGUAUCAUCCAAAUGAUCAAGAUGAGGUAAGAAGAGCUUACCUUGUGAAUGGGCCAUGUUGGAAUCUAAAGCAUAAGUUGGAUAAACAUGUUGGUGAGAAACCAAAUAGUCAUCAUAAAAAGUGUGUGAAAGCAUGUGAAGAUCUUAUGAAGAAAAAGCAGAGUAUUGAGUUUUCGUAUGCAAAAUAUAGCUCACAAGAAGAAGUAGAUUAUCUUGUUCGUUUAAAAGCAUCACUUGAGGCUGUCAAAUAUCUUGUUAGAGGCGGAUUGGCAUUUAGGGCACAUAAUGAGGGUGAAAAUUCUAUUUAUAAGGGUCAUUUCCUAGAAUUUGUAGAAGCCUUAGGAAGAAAUAGUGAGAAAAUAUCUGCAACAAUAACAAGUGGUGGGGGAAAUUGUAAGAUGACUUCUCCUAUUAUUCAAAAAGAACUUGCAAAUGCAUGUGCGGUUGAAACUAUUAAGAAUAUAGUUGGAGAAAUUGGAGAUGGAUUCUUUUGUGUUCUUGUUGAUGAAUCUGGUGAUUGCUCUGGUAAAGAACAAAUGGCUGUUGUAGUGCGGUUUGUUGAUGUUAGAGGGUUUGUUGUAGAAAGAUUUAUCGGCAUUGUUCAUGUUGAAGAUACAAGUGCGAUAUCGCUUAAAGGGGCUCUUGAAUGUUUGUUGUCGGGGUUUGGGUUGUGUAUAUCUAAAAUUCGAGGUCAAGGGUAUGAUGGAGCAAGUAAUAUGCGUGGUAAAUUUGGAGGUUUGAAGACUUUGAUUCAAAAGCAAAAUCCGCAAGCCUAUUAUGUUCAUUGUUUUGCUCAUCAACUUCAAUUGACUCUUGUUUCAAUGGCGAGAAAGCAUGAAGAUGUUGAUUGGUUUUUUUGUGAAGUGUCUCGUAUUGUCACUUUCUUACGAUCAUCUAACAAAAGACGAGCUCUACUUCGGAAUAAACAAGUUGCUCAUUUUGCAAAUCUAAUUGAAAAAGAAUUGGUGGAAACUGGUACUGGUUUAAAUCAAGAGUUGUCCAUUGCAAGAGCGGGUGAUACACCUUGGGAAUCUCACUUUCGAACUCUUAAUAGGUUGGUUGAUUUGGUUACUCCUAUUAUUGAAGUGUUCGAAGAUUUGAAAAGUGAUAGUCAUUGUAAGGGUGAACCAAAAAGUUUGUUACUUGUUAUGCAAACUUUUAGUUUUGUGUUUAUGUUGCACUUAAUGGUUGAGAUUUUAUCUUUGACAAAUAAUUUGUCACAAUCAUUGCAAAAGGGGGAUCAAGAUAUUGUGCAUGCCAUGGAACUUGUCCAAAUAUGCAAGAAAAAGUUGCAAGAAUUUAGAGAUGAUGGAUGGGAAACACUUUAUGAGCAAGUUGUGGCUUUUUGUGGAAAUGUUGAAAUUGAUAUGCCUGACAUGGAGUCCCGAUUGUACCCAAAUGACUUUGAGGAUCUCACUGAUAAGGAAUUGUCUAGUGAAUUGGAGACUUAUAUUGAGAGUGUCAAGAUGGACGAUCACUUUUCCAAUUUGACUCGCAUCUCGGAACUUUGUAGGACUCUUGUUCGAACAAAGAAGCAUAAGACAUUUAGGUUUGUGUACACACUUGUCAAACUAGCUUUGUCCUUACCUGUGGCCACUACAAGUGUUGAGCGGGUAUUCUCGGGGAUGAAAUAUGUUAAGAAUGAGUUGAGAAGUAGAAUGGCUAAUCCAUGGCUAAAUGAUUGCUUAGUGACAUUUGUGGAGAAAGAGGUGUUUAAUACAAUCGAUGAUAUGGAUAUCAUCAAACGUUUCCAAGGAAUGAACAAGAGAAGAAUGUAUUUACGAUUAGACUAG